AUGGAGCGCCCCUCCGUUGAGCUCGUUGUUCCCUCGGUUAAGGUAAACGCGGGUGACGCCAUCCGGCUGGAGGUGGAGGGAGCCAAAUGCACCAUGCACUCUCUUUCCUCUCUUGGGGAAAGCAGCGUCACAUUCAGCGAUUAUGAAGUAGAUAGUGACACGUUGUCUGCUGUUGGCGAGGAGGCUGUGCGUGUCGAGGUUAUGGCCUGGAAGCUGCACCUCAACGGAGUUCCGGCGGCUGACGUUGCAAGCGCGAUGCUGGGUCUGUGGUCCGAACUUGGGGUCAUGGCGAAUGCGCUGUCCAGGCGAAAGUUGGUGACGUGUGAUUCGCUGCGUGGUGAGCAACACAACUUGAGCCGAACCGGGCCGUGGUUCUUUGACGCCCCGGGUAAGGUGGUUCUGGUGGAGGACUGCGCCUUUCUCUCCCGUGCUUCAGGAACGCAGAUGGUGGUCUGCAGCGGGACCCACGUUUACUUUCGUCGCUGUCACUUUUCUUCCUGCUUUCUGCUGGCCAUUACGGUUCAGGACGAAAGUGCAUCGUUUGUGUGUGACAACUGCGUUGAGGCUGCGUUGGGCAACGACGCUAGCGUGACCGCCGUGCGUGCGGAAGCAGAGAGGAAGACGUUACAAAAACUUUUGCUCAUAGCUCAUCGCAGUAUCGUAUGCGUGACGUUGCCUUGUGACCGCAAACUUACCUUGAGUCUGUCAACGCUGGACCUGCGGUUUAUGGCGUGUCUCAGGAAAACCGUCUCCCAGCUACGCGUGCAGCGAGGACGCCUUGACCUGAGUGAAAAGGGGACUACACAUGGCGUGAUUUCCCGUGUGGAUUUGGAUGUCGACUGGGCUCACAGACAGAAGGAUGACUACGCAGCGCUGAGCUCAGCUGUACGAAUAGGGGGUGUAAGUAUACCCGUUUCACUCGUCUUCGCAGUGCGCCGCCUGAGAAGGCUGUGGGGCUGCAAACAGCCGUUCUCUGGCGACCCGCGACGGAAAUACCAAAUGCCUUCGAAGCCACGCGGAUUUCCGUUUGCCAGGUGGAAGGCACUGCUGACAACUUCCGCUAUUCCCGUUGGGCUCUGCCUACCAAGUGGGGCUCCAUUUAUGCACUUCCUUCUGGCCAGCACCUCCCUCUUGUCAAAAAGGGAAGUGACAGGGGAUGCCUUUGUGGAGGCGCGAUUGGGGAUGCAGGAACUCUCCCUGUGGGAGUUCUCCUCGCAGGCGCAGGUUCCACUGUUACGCGAUUUACUCUCCGUGUUGGUGGUGGCCCGCACACACGACCUUUCGACUGUGUCUUGUGACGUGUCUGUCUCCCCAUGUGAGUUUUCGCUCUCCAGCGAGCAACUCAAGAGCGCGCUGUCGCUCUUGACAUUUCUGCAGGGCGGCGACGACGAUGCUGCUGUUGCUGCGGGGACGACACCGUGCGCCAUGGAACUGGGAAACCGACUCGGGGUGGAGGUGACUCUGCAGGACGCCACGGAACAGUUUUGCCUUCAAGAUUGUCUUUCCCUUGAAAGGAAAACGUUAUUGUUCCCGGAUUGUCUCAGGCUGGUGGGCGGAAGGCGCGUGGAUCGUUUUGAUAGGGAAGAUAUAUCAUUCUCAGACGAUAAACGGGACGGUCUCUUUCAUGCCGAAGGUGUAGCUGUUCUUGAAGACGGCGAGCGCGUUCACGUCGCCACACGUGUGCAACCUGGCACCCUCACGCUUCAAGUUACGCUUCGAACGGCCUUUCACGUCAGGGAUUACCUGCCUUGCGCGGUGACACUUCGCCCGACGCGCAGCGGGAGUGAGGUGCUCACGCUCCGUCCGGGAGAGCUCGCUUGUCUCCCGAUCGCCUACCUAGACUCCACGGAUGUUGUCAUGCGUCUGGUGUCGACGGAAGAAGGAGGCGAGUCCUGCGAUGAGCUGCUCUGCGAGGGGCCGCCGCGCAAGCUGCUUGAAGUGGCCACCUCACGUGGGACGGACUCUAUGGGGCGUCUCAAGAAGUUUUCCUUUGCCGGUGCCUCGGCGUACGUUGAUGUGACGUAUCAAUUAAGGAGUUCUGUCCUCACCAUGCUUCUCGCCCCGGCUAGAUCCGGCAUUCAUAACGGCACGCGAUUUCCCAUUCGGUUGACGGCUUACAUCAGUGACGACGUCGCUGAGGAGGCGUCUGUGGACCCCGGCAAGACGUUUGUUUCUCUCCGGCACGACCCAUACGGUCCUCCCGUGGAGUACCUUUUUGAAUGCGUCGUCUACGGCAUGAGGUAUGUUGCCAGCGAGCGUGUCGAUGUCACCACCGUUGACCCCGCGGAGGGGGAGUGUAUUGUGAUGAAGCACGAGGAAUUCCCUCGCCGCUACUUUUUUGAGUUCAACAUUGAAGCUCGACAGGCCGACCUUUCUGGUGGCGGCGCCCAGGUGUACAGUGUGGUGCCACGGUAUAUCUUUGGUGUGGAAAAUAACUCCCACAUGGAUGUUGAGUUUGUGUCCGAGGCGGGGGAUUCCAUUGGCACUUUGGGUGGAACUUUGCUUUCAUGCUCCUCCGGAAGCAACUUUGCCUAUCUCCCGCUCCACGCGUCGCUUGUGCUGCGCGCGGAAAAGGCUACUUCCUCAGCCUUUGAGGUGGGUGAGGGCUUGGAUGAGCAAAUGCUCCUCUGUAAUGCCUCUGAGCAAGGCGAAACGCCUUGCGGGGCGCACUGUUUCCUCCUUCGCGUUAAGGGAGACGCAGCUGCGAGGACCAUGGAGUUGCUGCCUGCGCUGCUUAUGCUCAACCUGGAUGCCACCCGAACUCUUUCGGUGCAGCAUGCCAUCCGUGCUAAGGACACCACCACCGGGGGCGAAGAGAAGUGGGUACGCCGUGUAGUUUUGCCAGCCGCUGGCGUGCUUCCCUACACGUUUAUUUCGUGCUACGGGUACUUGGACACGUUUGCGUUUUGUUGGGAAGAAAGCGGCGAGGCAGCUUCGUAUUCCACCCCGGUGGUGGUGACAUUUGCCUCAAACACAGAUUGGACCGGUGUCGUCCAGUGCGGGCGGACCCAUCACAUGGUUCAGGUGCGUAAAAAGGGUUCCUGUGACCCCGCCAUGUUGGUGGUAAGUGGGCCCUGCAACAGGCCGUCCUUGACGCUGGUGAAUUUGACGCCUAAGGCCUACCACCAGGUUGGCUCCAUGGCGGUGUCGUCAUCUUUGCGGCUCUUGGCAAAGGGUGAUGUGCUAAGCCUUUCUGAGGGGGACAAGGAAUCUGUGGUGUGCUUGGCCCGCGACGCCGCCACCGAUAUUGGUGAUGCGGCGACGGCCUUUGUUCGCCAUCAGCGGGACGAUGUCACGGUCGUGUUGUCCCUUUUUCCGCUGAACACAACCGUCUUGUUGCCAGGCAGCACAUGCGCCGCAAGUAACCCUCAAAUGGGUGGAGGGGUCGAAGAGGUUGGAGCGGGAAUAAAAACAACGAUUCGUGUAAAUGCAAAGGCCUCUCAAGUUUCUCUCACGGUUCGGGAUGGGAGGGAAAGUUCUCUUCUCUUUACCGUGGAGAGUAGCGAGUUCUGGAUGGUGCACCAUUCCCUGAGCCUCACCGCACAGGGCACAGUGUCAAACGCGUCCGUGCAAAGCACCUAUAACUCCAAGCGAUGCCACGUUCUCAAGCCAUUCUGUUUUGACAUGACCGUGCGUGAUGUGGAGCUGCUGUUCUCUACAAUCUCCGCGUGCUCUGCCCAGGUGAAUGUGACGCGACUUGAGGUGGAAUUGUCCGAUAUUCUUCUCUACCAGUUUCAUCAAUUGGCGACGCACUGCCAAGACUAUUCGUUGAAGACGACGACGCGGGAAAGGCGUCGUGGCGCCAACGCAUGUUUGGCGAUUGCCGUCGACCCUCCUCCUCCUUCUCCUUCUCUAUGUUCAAUGCACAGACGAGUUGAAAUCGGCUCGAUGGUUGUAUGCGAGAUAUGCGUCAUUCUCACGUAUGACAGGGGGGAGCGAGCUCCUGCUGAUGUGCUCUUCCGUGGAUCGCCGAUUGGGAGGUUCAUUCCGUCGCUGCACCGUGCCACAAUGCGACUGCCUACCCUGCGUUUUAGGGAUAUCUCUAGGGAAACGUUAAUGGAGGUGUACAGCAUGGUGAAGGAGGUAAUGCUCUUUGAGUUUCUGAAGCAACUUCCAAGCCUCGUUUCAAGUGUGGUUUGGUUUCCGGCGCUGUCUCCAGUUGGCAGCUUUUUGACGCGCGUGGGCUCAUUUAUCUUCGGCACUAGCGGCGCCUCUUCAGAACUGCCCGGCGCCACGCUUAUUUGA